AUAAAAAGCUGAAAAAGAAAGAAGAUCCACCUCGAACACCCCUCCACAAAACUCUUUCUCCAUUCUCCCCACUAUCCAUAAAAAAAAAAAUCAUUUUUUUCCCUCUUACCUUCAAUACCCAGAAAUCAAGAUUCUUCAGUAAGAGGGAGUUGGGUGAUAAAGACAAACACCCAUCUCAAAAAAAAUCUCAUCUUUCAAUUUGUACACUUGUCUUUUUCCAACCCCAUAUCUUGUUUAUCACCUGGUUCAUCUGUUAACCAAGUUGGAGUUGGAGUCAUAAAGAUUAGAUCUUGUUGGGGUUUUAAGGAAGAUGAGGAUCGGGGGAUUUUAGUAGCUUAGUUUGGUUGGCUUAAAAGGGUUUUGAUUCAUCAGGUUCCUUAACCCCCAAAUAAGGAAGGAUGAGGGAAGAAGAUUCAAAUUGGUUUGCUAAGUGGGAAGAAGAAUUGCCUAAACCAGAAGAGUUAAUGCCUUUAUCUCAAACCCUUAUAACACCGGAUCUUGCGAUAGCUUUUGAUAUUCCAAACCCCACAAGCCCAAAUCCUCAGAGCAAACAGCAGCAGACUCCUCAUGUUCAAUCUUCUCAGCCAAAUUCAUCAGCUGAAUUUGAGUCUACUGAGCUGAAUGGGGGAGGAGGGGGAGAUGAACCAGCUAGGACAUUGAAAAGGCCACGUCUUGUGUGGACACCACAGCUACACAAGAGGUUUGUGGAUGCAGUUGCUCAUUUGGGGAUCAAGAAUGCUGUCCCUAAGACUAUAAUGCAACUGAUGAGUGUAGAUGGAUUAACACGCGAAAAUGUUGCGAGUCAUUUGCAAAAGUAUAGGCUUUAUUUGAAACGUAUGCAAGGUCUUUCUAACAGUGGAAGUGGUGGGAGUAAUGCUCAGUCUUUAUCAGGGGCAGGUGUUGAUCCAGCAAUGGAUAAUUUGUUUGCUAGUUCACCUGUUCCAGCACAUUUUCUACAUCCAGGGAGAGGUAAUUCUGACCAUUUCAUGCCGUUUGUGCCAGUGACACCGAUGCCGCAUCACCAUCAUAUGGGAGUGGUUGUUGGACACCAUCCACAAGUUCAACAGCAGUAUAGGCAAUUUGGUUCUCCGGCGAAUGGACAUUUUGAGCAUCCUUUUCUGUCUAGGCAAUCACAGCAGCAGGUUCAGAGGAUGGGGACAUCUGUGCAUAAUGGUAGUCCUGUGGUGUCAUCUUAUGUGGAGGAUGUGGAUUCAGCCACCGCCGUCAAUGGGAGGAAGGUCCUUACACUGUUUCCAACAGGGGAAGAUUGAUAUCAGGGUAACUGUUGAUUUUUAGCCUUUUAUAAAUCCUGUUAAUUUGACUUCUAUGUAUUCUAGAAUUUGAGUUAAAUAACAUUUGCGCUUUGUGUUAGUACCCUUUAUUGGAUUAAUGAUGCUUUAGUGUUAAUAUCUAUAUGGAGUUGUCGAUAUGGUCUUCAACUCUUAAUGGAACUGUGAAUCCCCUUUUAUAAGAAUUUGGGUUUAGUGUCGGUUUUGAAACUGUUCA